GAAUUGCGGACGUCGUUCACUCUUCACUCAGCAGUCAAACUGGCGUCUCUUCCCUACAGAUUCAAGGCAGGCGGCAGCAUGGCUCCGGUAACCGGCCAGCACCAUCAUAGAAGCACUACGAAACAGUCGCAGAAGCCAUUCAAAUCGCGCCAUGCCACUAAGGGUGCUAUAAAGGAGAAGACGAAAGGGAAAGUUGAUUUCGAAAAAGGUAGCAGAAAGACUCCUCAUCAACAAGUCAUGUCGAAACUCGACCGCCGUAAUCGAGCGAAGCAGUUGCGUCUCAAUAAAGACCAUGAGCAUGCAAAAACUACGAACGUGUUUGCUGGAAAGGACGGUGCGCCCCGGAUCGUAGCUGUUGUGCCUCUCUGCUCAGAUGUUUCGUCUGCGGCAGCUGUAAGGAGUCUCAAUUCUAGCCUCGAUAUCGAAGAGGAGGUUCCCGAGGCCGGCUGGACGCGAAUUACUAUCGACCGAUUCAAGCAGAAGAUACAAUACUUGGUGGUUCAGAGGGAUUUAUUGGCCUGCUUAGAUGCUUGCAGAGUGGCGGACUUUGUCGUUUUUGUGCUUUCUUGCGAAGAGGAGGUUGACGAGGAGGGAGAGCUGAUACUGAAGGCGGUGGAAAGUCAGGGUGUUUCAAAUUGCUUUACAGUUGCUCAGAAGUUGGACGCGGUGGAGCCGGCAAAACGAAGGCCACAGGUCAUAUCGUCCCUCAAGUCGUACAUCACGCAUUGGCUGCCGUCGACGGAGAAGGUUUUCUCGCUCGAUAACCGGCAAGAGGCCUCGAAUCUGGUCCGAUCGCUCUGUACCACCACAACCAAGGGAGUUCGCUGGAGGGAGCAACGGAGCUACAUGUUCAUCGAGGACGUUGCUUGGCCAGGAGGAAAGUCUGCGGUCACUGAAGACGGUACGGGCGAUGUUGUGCUGACCGGAGUUGUACGCGGGCUGGGUUUGAAGGCCGAUAGGUUAAUUCAGGUGGGCGACUGGGGCGAUUUUCAAAUCGAAAAGAUCACAGCUGCCCCGCUUGACACAAGAAAUAAGGCGCGGGAUGACACCAUGGCUGUAGACUCUGAGGAGCAGCAGGUUUUGGAACGGCCGAGCGAGGACCAGGAUGAUCUUGCGGAGCUGGCUCCGGAGGAGACCAUCAUGGACGACGUCACGAACUAUGCAAUGUCGGUGGCACCCUCAGAACGAAAAGGGGUGUUGUUAGAUGAUCACCAUUACUUUUCGGACGAGGAAGACGAGGUCGUCACAGCGAAGCCCAAGCGGAUGCCAAGGGGAACAAGCAAGUACCAGAGCGCAUGGUAUCUCGAUGAUGUGUCCGAUUCUGGAUCAGACCUGGAAGAUUUCGAUGAACACUUCGGUGACGACGCAAAGAGCGUGAAGUAUCAUCCGGCAGAUGGCGUCGAAGGCAUGGAUAUCGACGGCAGAGCUGGCACCGAAGCAGGGCCUUCAGAGUAUCCUCAGUCAGAGAUGUUUUUGGAUCCCUCGCCAGAGGAUGAAGCGGCGGAAAUUGCCGCAUACCGAAAAUCUCGCAAGAACGAAGCCGAUGAGGACCUGGAGUUCCCGGACGAAAUCGAACUGCAUCCUAAUGUCAACGCCCAGGAGCGCCUCGCGCGGUACCGUGGUCUGAAGAGUCUGAGAACGAGCGUGUGGGAGACGGAGGAAGACAAGCCAUAUCAACCGGAGGAUUGGCCGCGCCUCCUCGAGGUCUCCGACUACAAGAGGGCGGCUACACGCGUGAUCCGUGAAGCUUGGGCUGGUGGUGUAAAGCCAGGUACAAGGGUCAACGUUCACAUUCGGGGGGUGCCUCUUUCGCUCCAGCAGACGCAACCUCGACCGCUUGCGGCGUUCUCUCUCCUGAGACACGAGCACAAGCGCACGGCAUGCAACUACAGCAUACUGCUCAGCUCAGAGUACCCCACGCCCAUCAAGUCCAAGACCGAGCUCAUCGUGCAGUGCGGACCACGGAGACUGGUCAUCAAUCCCCUCUUCUCGCAAGCCGGCAACACGCCGAAUGACGUGCACAAAUUCGACCGCUACCUCCACCCGGGCCGCUCAGCCAUCGCCUCCUUCAUCGGCCCCGUGACUUGGGGAAACGUCCCUGUCCUCUACUUCCAACGCACCGCCCCCUCCGAAGACUCUCCCGCCUCGUCGCUCAAACUCGUCGCCACAGGCACCAGCCUCCCUCCCUCACUCAGCCGCGUCAUUGCCAAACGCAUCAUCUUGACGGGCCAUCCCUACAAGAUCAACAAACGCAUCGUCACCGUGCGGUACAUGUUCUUCAACGACAAGGAUGUCAAGUGGUUCAAGAGUCUGCCGUUAUGGACGAGAAGGGGUAGGAGUGGGUUCAUCAAGGAGAGUUUGGGAACGCAUGGGUAUUUCAAGGCGACGUUUGAUGGGAAGAUUAACCCGAUGGAUGCGGUCGCUGUGAGUCUUUACAAGAGAGUCUGGCCGAGGAGUGCGAGGCCUUGGCAGCCUUGAGGAGAAUUCAGAUUUUAGUUUAAAAGGAUGGACGGAGUUAGGGGAAUAUCCAUGAUAUCAUUCCAUAGAAAAUCAUCGUUGUUAUACCUUC